AUGGCGGAAAUUGGAGAUGCUGCUUCUCUUUGCUACAGCUUCACUGUUGGCAAGUCAAGGUCUGGACCAUGGUGGCACAAAGUCCAAGGCCAACUGAACGAAGAGACUUUUCUUUCAUACAACAGCAGCAACAACAACUACCAAGUUAUUGGUGUUCGGGGGAACCGACUGAAUGCCACAAAGAUCUGUGACAAACAGGUUGACACUCUGAAAGAUGGAGUUGACCUGUUCAAAGAACAAGUGGUUCACAUGAAGCGGGAGAAUAAGACAUUCAGAGAGCCCCUCUUUCUGCAGGCCAGGCUGUGUUGUUGGCAUGAAGCAGAUGGACAUUUCAAUGGAUCCUGGGACUUUGGCCUCAACGGACACAAAAUGAUCCAUGUUGACUCAAGCACUGGAGAGUGGACUGAGGUUGAUCCUGGAUCCAGGUGGAUGAAAGAGAUGUGGGAGAAAAAUAAGGAUUUAACAAACUUCUUAUCCAGGAUCUCACAGGAGGACUGCAGGGCCUGGCUUAAGGAGAUGAUCAUGUCACUCUUGGAAGAAAAGCUGGAGCCUACAGCCUCAACAACCACUACUCCACACGUGGACCAGCCUUUGUCCCUGGCCAUCAAGCCCAACAUCUCUGUCCCACUGAUAAUCCUCCGCUGCUCCCUUCUUCUGUGGUCUCUGGGGAGAAUCCUUGACAAUGAAGGUUGAAGAUGCUCCAGAGAAGUCGUGAGAGUUCAUCUGGUG